AUGCCGUCAGUCUAUAAAAAUGGAGCUCCGAGCCCGCUUUCCCUUAUUCUGUGUCUGAAAGUGAGCGACGCUAUGUCUGAUGAGAAGAAAGGGCAGCAAGCCUCCAAGAAGGGCGCUGAGAAAAUCAUCAAGAAGGCACCAGCGAAGGGUGGCAAGAAACGGAAAAGGUCCAGGAAAGAAAGUCAUUCCAUUUACAUCUACAAAGUGAUGAAGCAGGUUCACGCCGACACUAUCAGCUCCUCCAAGGCCAUGAGCAUCAUGAACUCGUUCGUCAGCGAUAUGUUCGAGCGCAUCGCGGGGGAGGCUUCCCGUCAGGCCCACUACAACAAGCGCAGCACCAUCAGCUCCCGGGAGAUCCAGACCGCCGUGCGGCUGCUGCUGCCCAGGGAGCUGGCCAAGCACGCUGUGUCGGAGGACACAAAGGCGGUAACCAAGUACACCAGCUCCAAGUGA